AUGUCAACAGAACCAGGUGCAAUGCAAGUUAAUGCUGAGAAUGCAGAUAAUUUAGAAGAAAUUGAAAUGCAAUUUGCAGUGAAAGCUGUUCAACAAGCAGAGACUUAUUGGUCUCUUCUAGAAAAAGUUCAAGGUUCUAAAUUGAAGCUUACAAAACAUGACGAUCAAAUAUAUGAACAAUUACUUGACGAUUUUCCCGAGUUUAAGGAUAAAGCCACAGCGGCGGUUAUAAGCGAGGAGGAAAUGAAAUCGCCCCAAGGCAAGACCAAGUGGAGAGAGUUUUGUGAGAAAUUUAAGGACCUUGAAGAUUAUAAUUUUGGCACUUUAUUGAGACUAAAAGCUGAUGACGAAUAUGGUCAAGAUACUACUAUUUUCGCUGUUAGAAUUCAAUUUUAUGCUAUUGAGAUUGCUAGAAACAAAUAUGGCUUGAACGAUUGGAUCUAUGAAGCUGCACAUAAAGAGAAGAAGUAA